CAUCAUCGCUUGAUGUCGUCGUCGCUGUCCGCGGAAGAACCGUGUUCGAAAAGUCGAAAGCCGUGCGGAGUGGACGCGAACGCGUAGUGGAAGAAGGCCAAAGGAGAAGACAAACGAUUCGCUGUGAAUAUCGACGAGGGGGAGUAGCGCGAGCGAGUAUUCCUUCAAAUACACAUCGCAUCGCGUAGCAGCAGCAGCAGCCAGCCAGCCGCGAGAAAAAGACCCGCCGAACUGGACUCGAGUUGUAGCCCUAGCAUCGUUUGACGGACAUUUUUGCAUAAAAAGUGCAAUUUUCGGAACUGUCCUGCGGGGGCGGAAGUGAUCCUAUCGGAACGAGAAAAGUGCCCGGUGAUAGUGCGUAUUUUUCGCUUUUAGUGAACGUUCGAAUAGUGAAAAUCGGUCGCGGUUCAGUGGAGGAAAAGCUCGCUGGAAAAUUGUGAUACUGCAUGGGGUGCGCUUUUUGCGGAUCGCCAUUUUGAACGAAUUCUGUGUGUUUUGUGUGGCGCUCUCGGGUUUUGAAAUUACUGCGGUGCGGUUUUUAAAAAGUGCUAUUUUCGUGAGUUGGGACUUGGACCUUCGGAUUGGGCCGAUAGUAGGAGCUGGGCUAAGUGCAUUUUCGAGCCGGGGGCGACUGAUUGCCAGGGUCCGCCAGGAUGGCCCACCAGAACAAACCGGUCAACAUCGUGAUUCAGGAUCACAAUGGCCAACAACAAGUUCUGCAAGUAAUGCAAACGGCAUCGACUACUGGCCGCCCGUUGACGUCGGCCAGCGUCAAAACGAUCGUUAAGGAAGUGACUAGACAGGAUAUUACAGGACAGACCUUUGCCACCCCUGUUAUGCAGAAAUUUGCUCCUGGCCAGAAAUUCAUCACAGUCAACAAUCCAAAACUACAGAUCGUGAACUCACCGGGAACGAAAAGCGUCAAUGGUAAAUUGGUUCGGUUCUCUCAGUCACAGUUGGGUCAGCUAAAACUAAUUGCGGCUCCUGGACAACUAGGGGGGACGCCCAUUGUCGGUAAAAACCUAACCGCCAUGCUAGCGCCUUCUUCUUCAAUGUCCACAUCGACGUCUGCAGUGACAGCGCAAAUGCCAUCGACGUCGUUCAUGAGCUCAAACUCAAUGACCAGCAGCAAUUCGACGCCGGUCCUGUCGACCUCGUCGUAUGUGUCCCAGCCACAGUCAUCGACUAUGGCAGCCACAUCUUCCUCCUCCCACAGUAACUCAAAAGGAUCUCACCUACCACACCAAAAUCAGCACCAGCAACACCACCUGCAGCAACCACAGUACAACUACGGCAAGAAAGCCGCCGCAGCAGCCGCCACGGCCACUGCCACCAGUCAGAUUCACACGCCGGCCUCGCGCCGGAGAAAGACCGACAAAAUUGGCCGCGGUCUGCGGCACUUCUCCAUGAAGGUCUGCGAAAAGGUGAAGGAGAAGGGAAAAACCACGUACAACGAGGUGGCCGACGAACUGGUCGCCGAGGAAACCCAAAGCCACGCGGGAGUCGAUCCGGCCUCGUACGAUCAGAAGAACAUCCGCCGGCGGGUGUACGACGCCCUGAACGUCCUGAUGGCCAUGAACAUCAUCUCCAAGGAGAAGAAGGAAAUCCGCUGGCACGGAUUGCCGACCAGUAGCGUCCAGGAGUGCGACGAUCUGGAAAAGGAAAACGAAAAGGCCCGGGAACGGAUCGAGACGAAGCAGCAGCAGCUGCGCGACCUGAUUCUGCAGCACGUGGCGUUCAAGUCGCUGGUCGCCCGGAAUCAGGCAAACGAAGACCGAGGCCUGGUGCCGAACCCGAGCUCUGCCAUCCAGUUGCCAUUCAUCAUUGUAAAUACGGAUAAGAAGACUUACAUCAACUGUAGUAUUUCGAACGAUAAAUCCGAGUAUUCGUUCAAGUUCGAUAACGCAUUCGAGAUCCACGACGAUCUGGAGAUGUUGAAGCGGAUGGGACUAUUGCUAGGUCUUGACAAAGGAAAGUGCACGGUUGAAGACAUCUCCAAAAUCAAGACCAUGGUUCCAAAAUCUUUGGAAAAGAUCAUCGAAGUGUACGGUCUCGGCAUGGAGAACGAAACCGAAGACUGGGAAAUGGGUUCCACCUACACGGGUGGCGGCCCGGAUUGUGACGACAGCGUCCAGGAUGCUGCCGAUUUGCUGUCCAGCUAUCAGGACAACACCAGCGAACUCAACGACGAUGAUUUGAUAUCCGAAGAUGGACAGGACGGUUAGAGUAAGCGUUGUCUGGUGGACUUCGCGCCAAAUUGCCAUUGCUAUGGAAUCCUUUCCGGUAAGUAUUCGACAAUGGCAGUAGUUAAGAUGUUCGUGAACGCCCGCACAUGCAUGCACCUUCCCGGUGUUGAAGCUCAUACAAAGUGGAGAAGGAUUUCGUUUUUUUUUAUUUCAUUGAUUGCUUACUAUUUUUAUCUCUUGUUUGAUUCAGUUAAGGUAGAUAGAAAGCUGGGCUACUUUUUUAUGCCAUGAACUCAUAUAAUCCCCGGGAAGGAUAAGUGCAAUGCAAUACUAGGAAGUGAGUAGGGAACAGCGUUUCCUAUGGAUGUCCUAUGAGAGAAACGUAGCAAGGAGUAUAGCAUGGUUCCAAGAGUGCAGGGGUUAGUAGUAAGACGCGCAACUAAGAAAAAACAUACCAACAAAAAUGGAGAGCCGAAAUAGCACGCUUUCCAUUUCAUCAAUUACAAACAGAAAAUAUUACUCCUAAGAAAAAGUGCAACAUGAAAACUUGAAAUCGUUAUCGUUAGAAAAUACCUAUUACAGCCUAAAUAAUGCUCUUCAAUUUUGAGGGCACGGUGGAAUGAGCAAAAGCAACUAAGAAAGAUUGCGAAUGAUUGUUUCUAUGGUAAGAAAAACCAAUAAAUGCUUGAUUUACAUAUGGGAAGAGCGAAGAAGAUGAUUUGAUUGGUUUGGCCUGAAUGAAGGAAAGAGUCGGAUAAACCCCCUAGUUAAUUAUCUAAUGCACCGAAGAGUACAGAAGAACAGUUUACAUUUGACUUGCUUACUAAUUAUUCAACACCUACUAAAAACAGGUAAAAUACAGUUUCAGUGCAGAACAAAUGUUAGCAACAUGAUCCUUAAAUGGACAAGAGAGUACCCCCCAUUUGGCAUAGCGAUCGUAAGAAAGCAAAUGGUAUUCGCGCCAAAUGAUCAUUAUUCCAAAAUGGAGAACUCCCUCUGGGACACGUACCUAUACAUCCGGACCGAAACAGAGACACCCUUUGUGCUCUACUGAUAGAUACAUCCCAUUUAGAUACCAGAAAACAUCUCAGGCUUUUAUUUCUUUCUACAAUCGAUUAAUCAAAAGUAGUUUCUUUGCAUGAAUAACAAGCCGUAGUAUUUAGAAGAUCAAGUAUCAUAGUAGUAAUCACCAUUGAACAGAUGUUAAUUAUAACCAGCCGUGUCAUAUUUUUGCAUACAUUUUUGUUUUACAGAAAAUGUUUCCAUUUUCUGUUGUAGCUAACAAAAUAUAUUAACAAUAAAAAGACAUUUUCCCUUCGUUUAAAGAGGUAACGCUUUUCGAUCUCAUCAGCAAUCGCCCAUAAUUGUAAUACGCGCCAAUCAGUUUUCUUUUCGCCAUUAAAGAAUGACGUAGAAGAAAAAACAAGUGCAUCUUUGUUAAUCAACUUAUUGUACAUACCAGGUAAAAAAAAAAUGUAAUCUUACUCUCCA